AUGAAGUUGGCGGCGUUUUCGUCGUUGUUUCUGGCUUUGUUGCAAUUAUCUGCUACAUUUACUUUACGCAAGGCAACGCAGAAGGUUGGCAGCUCUGUAACCAGUAGGUCACCGCCACUGAACGCGGAAACAUCUGAAGGGCGGCUGGUACAGCUUAUAACACCUCCACCAAAUCUCACUGGCGACCUUCAUAUAGGAAACGCGUUGAAUCUCGUCUGUAGCGACAUAUUCUUGAGAUACUCUGAGCUCAAACAACAAUUUGUCUAUGUGAGGUUCGGCAGCGACCAUGCCGGGCAUGGACUGGAACGCAUAAUCAACCUGAAGCUAGGUCCAGAGAGCGCCCAUGCUGAGCGUCUGCGCGCAGCUUUACUUCAUUGCAAAGCCGUAAGAAGCGACCAUCUAAAGACGCUUCGCAGCUUAGGUGUGGACUGGUUAGAUGAUGGCUGGACAUUAAGCCGACGUAACAAAGACGUCGCCCGGGAAGCGUUCGUUGAGCUGUUUCGACAGGGUCACAUUACGGAGCGUCUGUACCCGACUUUUGCCAAAGUUACGGAGAAUGGUGUUGCUUUCAUAGACGUAGCGGAUGUGGAAUUCGUGAGUAAACCGGUAACGGUCUUCUCCAUAGGUUUGAGGCUACUGGAUGGCAAUGCCGCAUCAGCAGGGAACGGCGAACUACGUUCAGGUGAAACAGAACAUAACAUAUAUCGCGAUGCGGAAAGAAUCAAAGUCAAUACCACUAAUCCCGCGCUGCUACAUGCCUCUGUCGCAGUCGCUGUGCCAGAGAAGGUGUACGAACAGGUCAGGGGCAAGGUGGCAGUGCUCCCAGGAUCCAAUCGAGAAAUACCCAUGGUACCAGUUGGAAGAUUAAAUGAUACUGGUGCUGCGCUAGUAUGCCCCGGGUAUUCCGAAGCAGACUUCCAGCUGGCGUGGGAGCAUGGCCUCGAUGUCAUCAACAUAACCGACAAACAAGGGAGGAUGCAAAACACACCACAAAACCUCUUAGGACUCACUUUCGCCGAAGCAAAAGACCAAAUGUUAGCGUUAUUCGAACCUGUCAAGACAGUGGAGAUGGCAGUCCCCCAACUGGUAGGAGGCGAAGGCUACGGCGUCCAUAUUCAGCCUGCACCUCAAUGGCUACUGGACGUACGCUCUAUAUCCCAGACCGCUAAAAGUGUUCUGGAUCGAUUGGACGUCGACCCACCUAGCCGCCUGGCCAUGUUACGUCGGAGAGUGGAAUCUACACAACCCUGGUGUGUUAGUCGUAACGGGUGGUGGGGUCUGCGUGUGCCUGUGUGGAGACUGACGAAGGGAGCCAUCACAACGAAUAUACCAGCCACCUCGGAAUUGGAGGCACAAGAGCGCGCCUCACAACACCUGAAGGUAACAUUUAAUGAGGCAUUGAAGGAAGGUUACACGUUAGAGCAGGACACGCGCACAUUAGACACGUGGUUUACAUCGGCACUUUGGCCUAUAUACACGCGUCCGGACCCCAUUGUUUCAGGAGUGCUUUCUCCUACUCCCAGUACAGACCAUAAAUUAUCCAACAACAGCGGGGCCGAAAUUUCGGAACCGGGCGUAACUCGUGUCCUCUACACAUGUUACGAUAUCCUACACAGUUGGGUAGCACGUAUGCUGCUGCUCUGCACUAAGCUUUCCAAUGGAAAAUUGCCAUUCGACUGUUUGGUGUUGCACGGUAUCGUGAAUGACGCUGCUGGGAGGAAAAUGAGCAAAUCCAAGGGAAACACCGUAACGGCAGCGGAAUUUGUUAGGGGCUUCGGGACGCUCAACGGUUUCCCGGACUUUACAAAGCCCAGUGUAGUAGACCAGUUCUUGGGAAAUAUGUUCGAAACACCGUCACACCAUUAUGACCCACUGGCAGUGGCACAGGCUCGAAUGACCCUGGCUGCAGCGGCCUCAAAGGGUAACGUGUGUCACGACAUCGAAACCUACCGCGAACGGGUACAAACCAUGCUAAAGAAGGUGGCCCAAAUUACGAAUUACGUCAGCAAAGUCUGUAAUAAACAAAGCCUACGUCGCAUGUGGGAUGUGGAUAGCGACAAAGGGACUCGCCCGUCCUUCGUCACGACGGCCAUUGUCGCUGGUUUCGCUCGGCAUGGUCGUGAAGUCGGCCAAAAUAUCCAGUCUUUCAGCUUUCGCCGCGCUUUGGAAGACUUGGAGCGCUGUGUUGGUGUUUUCUCCAAUUACACAAUUCCCGCACAUCGUAGUCAAGUAUCCAGCGAUGCAGUGUUGACUCAAGGAUAUCGCCAACUCCUACGCCUAUUCAUGCCAUUUGCGCCACAGCUGUUGCGGGCAAUGCCACUGCCCUUGGGGCUUGCCACCAGCGGCGAACUGCUGCAAUGGCCAGACUUUGGACCUGUCGACCCCGUAGGUGAAGGCGGGUUUGAUGCCAUCGAGUCUGCUGUGCGGCAGCUGCGACGACAGACUUUAGACGGGGCCAAGACUGCUGUUGUAGUAGCUCCUCAGGAUUUCAAAGGAGAUCUGGAACAGCAUAAACCAUUUCUGGAAUAUCUACUCAAGUUAACGUACAACACGAUCGUCGAUUUUAAUAUACAAUAG